CGCACGUCCUCCACCUCCCUUCACCUCCAGUGCCCCCUCCUCCCUCUCCAGCGCCGCCACAGCCGCCUGGGCGAUGCUUCCACCCACCACCCAUGGUUGAGGUCGGCGAAGCGGCCCAUCGCGAGGCGCCUGGGGACGCUGCCUCCCUCCGCCGCCAGCAGCGGCGACCGGCUAGCGUGCGUUCGCCGCCACCAAAACCGGAUGGCGUGCUGUCCGGCGAGGGGCCUGACCUAUCGUCUUCGUCGCGCGUCCUGGGCCGACGGAGGGGCAGACGCCGAUGCCCACCAGCGGCGGCAUGCUCGAUCUGGAUAUUCAUCCUCGUGCCCAGCCGCUGCUCCUCGGCAUAUUCCUCUCUCCACACCGCCGCUCGCUCCAUCGCGUCACCCGCACUGCCGCUCACCUUCGCCUCGUCAGCGCCUUCUGCUGCUACUGCCGCCGGUUUGAUUGCUGGACCAGCUGCUGGACGUGGAGCACUGGAUCCGGCAGGCGGUGGUGCUCUGGGGCGUCGCCCCCCUCGUCGGCGCCUUCUCGAUCACCGUGUAAACUCACAAUUAUUGUACAGAUUGAUGCUACGGCUGUACUGCAGGUGGGCAGGGGCACCUUCGGUGGCGUAGAUGGGCCUUGCCCGCGCGACAGUUGAUGAGGCUGAGUGCCGUUGGUGGCUGGGGCCUAGGCUGCUACUGCGAGCGACGGGGGACGGAGGAAGAAGGAAAGGGGGUAAUUAGCGUGAGGUUUACAGAGGACUUUUUUUUUUGUAAAAAUGCCAAUGAACUAUGCUGGCGACAUUAUUUUUUGGACGGAGGGAGUACUACUUUGGUUGCAAAACUAGGAGACGACUAUUCAUAUUGUGCUGCCCUGCAAGUGAGGUUCCUUGCCCAUUAAGUAAUUUACUCUUUGGCUGCAUGUUUGGGUGUGUAGGGUUCUCACUGUUUGAACAACUUUCAAUAUUUUAAUUUAGCCGCGUGUACAGGUUUAAGAGUCAUCCUUUUAUAUGAAAAGGAAAAACACCUUUUGGUUUAACAAAAAACUUGUAUAUAUUUAGUUAGAGGCCUACUACAUUCUAGGAAGAGCUGGGCUGAUUAUGCACUAUUGUCAUUUAUUUGGUAUAUGUUAGAUUUUCUUACACAUUACCCUUAUUUUAACUAAUGAGCUUAUCAUGGCUGCCUGCCUGGCUGGUAAAGUUUCCAAACAAUAUAUCAAGAUCAUUUUUCUAUUUUUUUGGCCGCAAGACGUUACAGUCCACUUGCUAGAUAUGCACAUUCCUUCUUUAUCAAUCAAGCUUGAUUAUUAUCCAUGUUCUUUGCUUUGGUGGAUUCUUCUAUGCUUGCGUUCUUAGCCUUUCUGUUUUUGGUGCAAUCUUCUAUGCUACUACCAAAGCGGCAUGUAAUAGGAUCAACAUGAUUUCUUUGCAUAUCUGCUCGUAAAAGUGGCACUAUGUCUAAGGUCAAUGAAUCAUCCAUCUCAGUUGUUCAAAUAUUCUUAGAUGAUACGUCAAUGAUUUAUGUGGAAGAUGUAAGUUUGUCUUGAAUUGAUGGCUUUCCAGCAAAAAUAGAUGGCAGACAAUAAUGGGCACUAUUUGAGAGCCAUGCAAUUCUGUCGUAUUCUUGGUUAACUCCAGUCUUGGUUGUCAAUGCAUUGUUGUAAUCAUAUUAUCAUAAUCUGAUUGUUAUUUCUAAUACGACUACUCUUUCUAGGCUUAUGCUG